AUGGAGUCGGAGAUUCCGCCGCUUCGGUUGAUUUCUUUGCUGCUCGGCGCGUCCUUCGCGCCCGCGCAGCGAUGCGGCCUCGCGCUCGUGAAGGAGGCCGCGAAGCAGCACCUGCAGCUUCCCACCCUGCAAGCCUUCGAAUGGCUGUUGUUGGCCGGGGAUCGUGAACUGAAGGAUCGGGAGGUGAUUCGAUUCCUACGCAACGAGUUCGCCAAAUCGAACGCGGACAUCCCACCGGUGCAAUUCUGCACCGCACUGAGAAGUCUCUACCGUGGCGGGGCCGCCCGCGCGAGCGACGAACCCCCUGACACCCCCAAUCAAACGACCCCAAUCGGCCUCGAGAAGGCUCAACUGGAAGAUAAGAUCUUCGAAGUGAUCGAUCACGAGGAGAUGCGCGCCUUCCUUGAAUGUUGCACCGAAAAGGUCCGCGUCUAUUUCUCAAGCGGGCUCACCUUGCAGUGCGGGAUGGCGAUCGCGGAGGCGCUCUACCUGCUGGGUUGUCGAGAUGAUGCGUUUUACGCGAAAUUCGCGGCCUUCGUGAAGACGAAGCGGCGGCGCGCAUCCCCGUCGAUGCAUAGCGCGGACGCCGCCAAAGUCAUCUGCCUCGCCUUGGGUGAGGACCUCCUCGAUGCGUCCCCCGACGUGCAUCAAUUCUUGCUGGAAGUCGAGGCGAGUGGGGUGGCAGGAGAAUCGAGGCUCUCGCCCACGGAGUGGAUGAAUCGGCACGACCCCGCCAACUUCAUCGCCCCCCUCACAGAAGAGCAACAAGAAGGGUGGGAUGUUAUCGAGAAGAUGGUGCGAACACGAUCGGACGACCGAGAUUCCCUAAUCGAGCUCGCCACGCGGUAUAUUCACCUGCUGGAAACCUCACGUCCGGAUGAUCUGAAGUAUUUCUUCGGCGUGUUCGAGGAAAAAGUCCUAAAGGAGGAUCGCGUGCUGAAGGACUGCCUCGAAAGCCUGCUGAGGACGCAAAUCGUGAGCCGGCUGUCCGCCACCACAAUCGCGGGGAUUCUACACAGCCUCGCCGCGCUACGAUUCGCAUAUACGAAAACGGUGAAGCAAUUCUUAUCCGGCGUGACCGCCGAGCAGUGGGCGGAGAUGGACGCGCCGCCGCUCGUGCAGAUCCUCGCGGCGAUGUCGACGAUGUCGUUGCGAAUCCCCGCCGUGCUCGCCGCGAUGGGCGAACGGUUGUUGGAGCUCAGCCCUUUUCUCUCGCCGCACGAUACCGCGGCGGCGAUUCGCGGCCUGCAGGCCCUCAGCUUCCCCGACGAGGCCGUUCUGACGGCCUUGAUUCGACACGCCGCGUCGUGCGCGGGCCGCUUCGACGAGGCGAGCAUGGUCUUGUUAUUCACCGCCCCGUCCAUCCAUAGGCUUUUACGCCCCCCGGAGGUCGCUGGACCGCUGCUGAAGAACGCGGCUGCCAAGAUCGGCUCCUUACCCCUACGCCAGCGGAUCGCCGGGGUGAUUCAAAAGGCGGGUUUACCAAGGCAGUUAAUGGAGACGUCAAAGGCUCAGCUUGGGAUUGAGGACCGCCGCCCAAGUGGCGUCCCGUUGAGGCUGACGUGA